CUCAAUGCGCACGCAUUCAUCCGAGGCUUCGAGGUGUGUCCUUUCGAUCAGGUCGACUAAAAGCGUUUAACUGAGAGGAACGACGGAGCUCGUGCAGUUUGAUUGUGCGUCCAAGCAACACUUAAGAGAGUCUGACUUUAUUUCAACUUAAUAAUAUUCUGUUUAAAUACAAAAAGGUCUUUAAACAGACGGAUUAUGGCUAUCGCGGGGAUUUUUCGCGUCUUGUGUAUUUUCGCUGGAUUGCUCUUCGCGUCCGCUCUGCAAGAUAACAUGACGGGUAACAGGACAGGCAAAGGACGUGGUUUUGUAGUCAUUCAGGAUUUAAACGGUGUCUACGUUGACCAGAUCACUAAAGAUGCACUAAAGAGCCGUCUCAUGACCGUCUUCCUGCCUAUUAUCUACAUCAUUGUCUUUGCUUUGGGGUUACCCAGCAACGCCAUGGCGGUAUGGGUCUUGCUGUUCCGGUCAAAGAAAAUUCACCCCUCUGCCAUCUACAUGGGCAACCUGGCAUUGGCCGACCUUAUGUUCGUGAUCUGGACCCCGCUGAAGAUCGCCUAUCACUUAAAAGGGAAUAACUGGACGUACGGCGAAGGGAUGUGUAAAGUAAUGGUCGGGUUCUUUUACGGCAACAUGUACUGUUCCAUCCUCUUCAUCACUUGUUUGAGCGUGCAACGAUAUUGGGUCUGCGCUCACCCCCUUUCCCAACAGAGGAAAAACAACAAACUGGCAAUCAUUCUUUCUGGGUGUAUCUGGGUCUUUAUUUUAGUCAGCAGUACGCCUUUGUAUCUGUACCAGCAGACUGUUGACAUCGCAGACCUAAACAUCACCACCUGCCAUGAUGUGAACGUUAUCAGCAAAAUUAACUUUGAGGAGAAAAAUGCGUUCCUGGAUGUCCAACAGCCCUACUACUACUUCAUGGUGAUGGCAACUCUGGUGUUCUUCAUCCCGAUGGUGGUCAUAAUCGUAGCUUACGUCCUGCUCCUUCGAUCGCUCGGGACCUCGGCGGUGGAAGGCAGUGCCGGAAAAAGCCGCCGGCGUGCCAUCCUCCUCAUCAUAACGGUGCUCAUCACAUUCCUGGUCUGCUUCAUCCCCAGUAACGUGAUGGUGGUCGUACAUUACGCCCUCUUGGGGAAUGGUCUGGCUAACAACGGCUACGGCUUCUACAUCACCACGCUGUGCCUGGCCAGUCUCAACAGCUGCAUGGAUCCUUUCGUUUACUAUUACGUGUCCGAGGAUUUUAGGGAUCACGUCAAGAACACCUUACUGUGCCGUAGCAGUCGCACGGUGGAGAGGAUGAGAGUAUCUUUCAGCUCGAUGAAAUACUCGAAAAAGUCCAAAUCGUACACUUCCAGCACGGCAAACACAGAAAGCAGCAACUGCUGAGAACACACCUGUGCAAUUGUGUACAAGCAUGGGCUUGUGCUUUUAUGUUUUAUAUAUUUCAGACUGUGGCAAAAUGGAUGGAGACGAUUGUUAUGCAUUUAUCACCACAAUUCUGUGGGAACUGAGAGGGAAUUUUCGCUCCAUUAGGGCCUGCUGACGGGACUGAAAAGACUGUUAAAACAGAAUGAUCUGUUUGGACAUGUUCUUGUAAAAAAUGUCUUUCAGGCAUGGCUUCAUAUUACAAGCAUAUGCAAAACGUCAGAGGACCUGGAGGUACAAGCACAGUCAUAAAACUUGAAGAAGAUUAUUGAGCCAGAUCAUUUAUUGGUUACAUUUGUUUAUUUCCAGAUGGAUUUGCAUAAUGAUAUUUAAUGUGAAUAUAUUUGCCUUUCAGCAAGAAUUUGUUGCUGUUUAUUGUACAAUGUUUUGUUUUUUACUGCACCAAGACAUCAUCUGUUUAUUAUAUAAUCAUAACUCGGUCAGCCACUUUUCAUGAAAUAUGUUUUUUACUUUACAUGUUAAACCACGGUAAUUUGCGUAAUGAGCAUUGUAUAAUUCUGUUUGGUUUAUUGUAUGUCUGUUACAGUCUGCUAUUUAUUUUAGUUCAUCACAAUUUUAUCUUGAUAGUUCAUUUCUGUUUUUAUAUUUAUCGGACUUGGCUGUACUGUGACCUACUUUAACUCUUGUGUAAUUAAAGACACAUCGCCGCUUUAUAAAUAAAUAAAUGUUUUGUGUUAGUC